CAGAGAGGGAAAAAAAAUUGUAUAGGAAACUAAUUGCAGAUUUGGCAGAAACCAUAUAGAGACACAGACAAAAGUCUCGCGCAUGGUCAUCAUCACUGAAAGAGACAAACAUGGCUCUUCUUCUUCGUCAAUUUCUAUAUCCGGGUAAUUCGCGUCAAGUUCCAGAGCUCGUGGUGAAAACAAAUGAAGCUUGGAUUAUGGAGUUGAAAUUUAAUUAUUGAGCUCCAUCUUAUUAAUAUUGUUGGAUUGCCAUGGCUCCUGGAGGCAGUGCCUGCAGAGAGGUGUUUGAAUCUCAUACAAAGUUUGCAUGCUAUGACAUAGCAAUGCCAAAAGCGGAGAAAAAUAGUACUCCAGUAAAAACUAUCAUCGGGUCUGGUGAUAAGCAUGGAAUGUCUUCAUCUAAUGGUGUGCAUGAGUUACUCGAGUGCCCUAUCUGCACGAGUUUAAUGUAUCCUCCUAUUCACCAGUGUCCAAAUGGCCACACUCUAUGCACAAACUGCAAAAUGAGAGUGCGUAACUGUUGCCCAACUUGCCGCCUUGAGCUUGGAAAUAUAAGGUGUUUGGCUUUGGAGAAAGUAGCAGAAUCAUUGGAACUCCCCUGCAGAUACCAGCGUCUUGGCUGUCAUGACAUUUUUCCAUACUACAGCAAGCUCAAGCAUGAGCAAAACUGCCGAUUCCGGCCUUACACUUGUCCUUAUGCUGGAUCUGAGUGCUCCAUCACUGGCAACAUCUUGACCCUUGUCGCGCAUCUCAAGGACGAUCAUAAGGUUGACAUGCACGAUGGGUGCACCUUCAAUCAUCGAUAUGUUAAAUCAAAUCCACAUGAAGUGGAAAAUGCGACAUGGAUGCUAACUGUGUUCAAUUGUUUUGGAAGACAGUUUUGCCUGCACUUUGAGGCAUUCCGGCUUGGUAUGUCGCCAGUCUACAUGGCUUUCCUACGAUUCAUGGGUGAGGAUUGCGAGGCCAAGAAAUUUAGCUACACUUUGGAAGUUGGGGCAUAUGAUCGGAAGCUAAUCUGGCAAGGAGUUCCAAGAAGCAUCCGUGACAGUCACAAGACAGUUCGUGACAGUCAGGAUGGACUCAUCAUUCCGAGGAACCUUGCUCUUUUCUUCUCUGGUGGGGAUCAUCAGGAGCUGAAGUUGAGGAUCACCGGCCGGAUAUGGAAAGACGAGUGAGAAACUGGAAGAUUGGUGUAUGCAAAAUUAUGUGACCCUUUUAGGGUUCUGCAUUUUGACAAAUGGAGAAUGAAAAAUUACGUAGAAAAGUGUUCAAAAUUUGAAUUUAGUGCUAUACUCUCAUAAUGAAUUUGAUUUACAUAUUUCAAAUUGUGAACACUUUUCUAGUACAUAGUAUUUAGCAUUUUCAUUGAUUGGGCUUGUGGUUCUGCAGUCAGAUCCCAAUUGAAAGCUUAAUGCAGGGAACUGAAAAUUGUUAGUGAAUUGGGUUGGUGUGAAAAUGUCUAUAUCAUGAAAUGCAAGUGGUCUAUGUUUUGAUUAUUAA